AUGUGUGGCAUUUGCUGUUGUGUAGGCUUCUCUGUUGAGCACUUCAGGAAAGAGUUAAGAGAGGAUUUGCUGUACAAGCUUAGAAGACGGGGCCCUGAUAGCAGCAAGCAGUUGUUAAAAUCUGGGGUCAACUAUCAGUGUUUAUUUUCCGGUCAUGUUCUUCAUUUGAGAGGUGUUUUGACUGCCCAGCCUGUGGAAGAUGAAAGUGGCAAUGUGUUCUUAUGGAAUGGAGAAGUUUUUGAUGGAGUACAGCUUGAAGCAGAAGACAAUGACACUCAAGUUAUGUUCAGUAGCCUUUCUGCCUGUAAGAAUGAGUCUGAUAUUUUGUCGCUCUUCUCUAAAGUCCAAGGUCCAUGGUCUUUUAUAUAUUACCAAGCCUCUAGCCAUUACUUAUGGUUUGGUAGGGACUUUUUUGGCCGGCGUAGCUUGCUUUGGCAUUUUAAUCAUCUGGGCAAUAGUUUCUGCUUGUCUUCAGUUGGUGCCCAAAUAUCUGGGCUUGCAGACCAGUGGCAAGAAGUUCCAGCAUCUGGAAUUUUCCAAAUUGAUCUCAAUUCUGCUGCUGUUUCGAGACAUGUGACUUUAAAGUUAUAUCCGUGGAAAUAUGUUUCUAAGGAGAAUGUUACUGAAGAAUGUUCUAAUGCCCUGACUCAGACUGCAGCAGAAUUGCCAGCAUUUGUAUCAGUAGUAGCAAAUGAAGACAAACUGUACCUUUCAAAACCUAUUGUUCCCUUAAAUAAGAUGCUUCCUCAAGCUCCAUUGGAAACUCACUGUAGAAACAGUUCCAGCGUUCCACAUACAAGAGAGACCCUUGGAAUAUUUCUUACAGAUGAACACACAAAAAAAGUAGUUCAUCAGUUUAUUGAUGUCCUGAGUGUUGCAAUCAAGAGACGUGUCUUAUGUUUAGUUAGGGAGGAAAACCCAGCAUCGAAGGAAGAUUUGAAAACUUGUAAUAAAGCAAACAUUGCGAUCCUCUUUUCUGGAGGUGUUGAUUCCAUGGUAAUAGCAGCCCUUGCUGAUCGUCAUAUUCCUUUAGAUGAGCCAAUUGAUCUUCUGAAUGUGGCUUUUGUGACUAAACGAAAGCCUGGGCCGAGUGUUCCUAAGGUAAAAAGGAAACAGCAAACCCAUCAUGAGAUCCCUUCCGAAGAGUCCUCUCAGGGUGCUGCUGUGGUUCAGGGUCCUGGUGAUGCCGAAGCACCAGACCGAGUCACAGGAAGAGCGGGCCUAAAGGAACUACAGUCUGUCAACCCUUCUCGAACUUGGAAUUUUGUUGAAAUUAAUGUUUCUCUUGAAGAACUACAAAAACUCAGAAGAGCUCGAAUAUGUCACUUAGUUCAGCCCUUGGACACAGUUCUGGAUGAUAGCAUUGGCUGUGCUGUCUGGUUUGCUUCUAGAGGAGUCGGUUGGUUAGUGAGCCAGGAUGCUGUGAGACCUUACCAGAGCAGUGCAAAGGUGAUUCUCACUGGGAUCGGUGCCGAUGAGCAGCUGGCAGGCUACUCCCGUCAUCGGGUCCGCUUCCAGUCUCUAGGUCUAGAAGGUCUGAAUGAGGAAAUAGCAAUGGAACUGGGUCGCAUCUCCUCCAGAAACCUCGGUCGUGAUGACAGAGUUAUUGGUGAUCAUGGAAAGGAAGCCAGGUUUCCUUUCCUGGAUGAGAACGUUGUGUCUUUCCUAAACUCCCUGCCGGUGUGGGAGAAGGCGGACCUGUCUUUGCCGCGAGGGCUUGGUGAGAAGCUCCUUCUACGCCUCGCAGCUGUUGAACUUGGCCUCACAACCUCAGCCCUCCUGCCGAAACGGGCCAUGCAGUUUGGUUCUAGAAUUGCAAAACUGGAGAAAACUGACGAGAAAGCAUCUGAUAAGUGUGGAAGGCUUCAAAUCCUACCUUAGAAAACCUCUCUCAAGAAAAUUACAUCAUAAUGUGAUUCCACCCCCGUAACAACACUGUGUGACAGUCACUAAAAAUAAACAACUACUGCCUUA